CCACGAAGAAUGCACAUUCUUAUACCAGGAAUCUAUGAUAUAAAUACUUACGAACGCAAGUCCAUACGUCCAGUAGCGGCAAAGGAUACUCUUUUGGAAAGAUAUCGCCAAAGACGAACAGAUGAUAUUAUUGUAAUGCAGAAUAAGAGUCCUGUUUGGAAUGAAGAUUCUCAAUCCUAUGUGCUGAACUUCCAUGGGCGUGUAACUCAAGCAUCUGUGAAAAACUUCCAAAUUAUCCAUGACCAUGACCGUAAGUUAAUCUUUUCGGAUUACAUUGUGAUGCAGUUUGGUCGAAUCUCGGAUGAAUGCUUCUCGAUGGACUUUCGCUAUCCUCUCAGCGCUUUGCAAGCCUUUGGGAUCGCUAUGACGAGUUUUCAUGGAAAACUUGCAUGUGAAUAG